UGUUAAAAACCGAUUCGAGCGAACCACAAAGUUCAAAACUUGACACCAUAAAUUGUCAUCUACUGACCAAAACGUGACACCAUAAACUAUCAUCUACUGCUUGUGCGCCAUCUGCCAAGGCUCAACCAACCCAAGAUUGCAAAAAGAAUAAACCAUGGCAUGCCCCAGCAAGAAGGUUAGUUGGCUUACUGGUUUGGCUGACCAGUAGAACAAUUAAGCAACCGGUCCCCAUUCAUUUAUUGAUUCCCAGUCCUUGAUAAUGGUCGAUCUGAUGACUUGUUAAUUAUUUGUACUAAGAUUUUCUUCCCCCAAAAGUUUUAAACCCCACAACAUACCAAAAACAAUCCUCAGGUCCUCACCGAUUUUCUCCACUCAAUUUCCAGGCUUGAGCUUCCCAAUUACCAGGCUUAGUUAUCAUGUCAAACUCGGACGGUAUGCACUCCCAUCGUCAUGUUGCUCUCCUCCCCAGCUCUGGCAUGGGUCACCUGCUGCCUUUCCUUCGGCUUGCUGGCUUUCUUAUCAGCCAACGAUGUCAGGUCACGUUAAUCACCACACACCCCAUAGUCUCCUUGGCUGAAUCUCAACUUAUCUCUGGUUUCCUCUCUGCCUUUCCUCAAGUUUCUGAAAAGAAGUUCACUUCUCCUCUUGACCCGUUAACUGCCAAUUGCAGUGACCCUUUUAAGCUCCAGUGGGAAACUAUUCGCCGAUCAGCGCACCUCCUCUCUCCUCUCCUCUCCUCGCUAUCUCCACCCCUCUUUAUCGUCACUGAUAUGACCGUGAUGUCUUCUGUAGUUUCAGUCACAGCUAAUCUCUGUCUCCCUAACUACAUCCUCUUCACAACAUCAGCCAGAAUGUUCUCCCUCUUUGCACACUUCCCUUCGAUUGCUGAGUCCAAGACCGACUGUGGUUCUUCUCGGUUUGGGGAUGAAAUUAGAGUUCCAGGCCUUGGUUCACCAAUCGCUGUGUCGUCACUUCCUCCAACACUUCUAGACUUAAACAGCUUCUUUACGAAAAAUUUCUCAGACAACAGUCGAAGUAUCAAGAAUGUCAAUGGAGUCUUGAUCAACUCUUUUGAAGGGCUCGAAAAGCAAUCUCUGAAGAUGCUUACUGUUGGAAAAGCAAUAGGAGGGUUGCCUCCAGUGUUUCCUGUUGGACCUCUACUGCCCUUGGAGUUUGAAGGGCAAUCUUCUUUUGCACCAUUGAAGUGGCUUGAGGGUCAAAAGGAAAGGUCGGUAGUUUAUGUCAGCUUUGGCAGUAGGACACCUAUGUCAAAGGAGCAAAUAAGAGAGUUAGGGACCGGGCUGGUACUAAGUGGAUAUAAAUUCGUUUGGGUGGUGAAGAGUAAGGUAGUUGACAAAGAGGAAGACGAAAGCUUGAAUGAGAUUCUUGGGCAGGAGCUGAAAGAGAAGAUCAUGAACAAUGGAUUGGUUGUAAAAGAAUGGGUGAAUCAGUGGGAGAUACUGAGUCACAAAGCUGUCGGUGGAUUUAUAAGCCACUGCGGAUGGAACUCGGUGGUGGAGGCUGCUUGGCAUGGAGUUCCCGUGCUUGGAUGGCCACAACAUGGGGACCAGAUGAUCAAUGCAGAGGUGAUAGAGGGAGGUGGAUGGGGGCUGUGCAUGAAGAGUUGGGGAUGGGUUUCUGACACUGUGGUGAAGGGAGAGGAGAUUGGGGACAGAACUAAAGAGCUAAUGGGGAGUGAAAUGUUGAAAUCGACGGCUGCAAGAAUCAGUGAAGAGGCUAGACAGGCUGUUGGGGUUGGUGGAAGUUGCGAGAAUAUGGUGAAGAAACUUUUCCAGAGCUGGAAGAACACAGGACAGGAUGGCAUAAUUAAUUAGCAGCUUGGUGGCAGCUGCUCUGUUUACCGUUUUAGACCAAGUCAAAUGCUAAUUAAGGAAUAAUUACCAUGAAAAUCUGUAGCUUUUCCUUUUGGAUCCUAUUAUCUCUUCUUUUUCAUCUCAAGUAUUGAUUAAUUAAGUAAAUUUGAUGGCAGAUUUUGACUGAGGAAA